GUUUACCUCGCCGCCGACAGAGACCGUCUUUGUCUUUUUUUCCUACUUCCUUUAAAGUUUGGACCCCUGCUCGGUGUAUGUAUUUCUGAGUCGGUAAAUCGUUAUCUCAGAAGCCAUGGUGCGGAUGAAUGUUCUCAGUGAUGCCCUAAAGUCUAUCAACAAUGCAGAGAAGAGAGGCAAACGCCAAGUUCUCAUUAGGCCAUGCUCUAAGGUCAUUGUCAAAUUCUUGACAGUAAUGAUGAAGCAUGGCUAUAUUGGCGAGUUUGAAAUAGUUGAUGACCACAGAUCAGGCAAGAUAGUAGUACAUUUGACAGGACGUCUCAACAAGUGUGGGGUUAUCUCUCCACGCUUUGACGUUCCCAUCAGACACAUUGAGAAGUGGACCAACAACCUGCUACCUUCUAGACAGUUUGGAUAUGUUGUCCUCACAACCAGUGGAGGUAUCAUGGAUCAUGAAGAGGCCAGGCGAAAACACUUAGGAGGGAAGAUACUCGGGUUCUUCUUCUAAUAGUGUAAAACACCUUUGUUUAAAAAAAAUAAACAAAAAUGUUUUAA